AUGGCAGACAAAGAACUAGAUCCCACCACUCUCGCUCGCUGGCAGUCAGAACGCGAGCAACAACUUGAAGGAUGGGAGGCGCAAGAUCCAGAGCAAUCCCAUCCUUUCUCAACAUCAUCACAGCCAUCUUUUCCGGCAUUUGGAUCGAUGCCCGACUUCGACCCGAUUCCCGCGUUCGACCCAUCUGCAUUCGACCCAACAGUGUUCGAUGCUCCUCCGGUCACGCCAUAG